UUGAAGGAAUGAAUACAUUAUAAAGAGGUUGAUUGUGUGAACCUUCAAAUGAAAUAGAGAAGACAGAACAAAGAAACACAAAGAAACCCAAAGAAAACAAGAUUCAAAAUGUCGGUCUUCCUAUGUUUCCUCUUCCUUUUACCCCUUAUCUUAAUCUUCUUGAACGUUUUCAAACCUUCCAAGUUAAACCUUCCUCCGAGUCCAAAGAAGCUUCCCAUCAUCGGAAACUUACACCAACGCGGAAAACUACAUCCCAGGAACCGCCGUAACCUAGCCGAAAAGUAUGGACCAGUGGCGCUUCUCCAAUACGGCAACGUCCCCGUGGUCGUGAUCUCUUCGAAAGAAGCAGCAGAGGAAGUUCUAAAGAUCCACGAUAGUGAGUGUUGUAAUCGACCAGAGACCGCCGGGACCAAAAUAACUUUUUACAACUUCAAAGACAUCGGGUUGGCACCCUUCGGUGACGAGUGGACUGCGCUGCGGAAGCUCUCGGUGGUCGAGCUCUUCAGCGUGAAAAAGCUUCAAUCUUUCAGGAAUAUCAGAGAGGAAGAGAAUGACUUGUGUAUCAAGAAACUCUCUGAGUUUGCUACGACACGAACUCCGGUGAAUCUUGAGAGAACCCUUUUCACUUUAAUCGGAAAUAUAGUGUGUCGGAUCGGGUACGGGAUAAAUCUCUAUGAGUGUGAGUUCGUUGAUGAAAAUAGAAUCAUGGAGCUUGUGCACAAGUCUGAGAAGGUCAUAAGAGCUACUGCGUUCUCUGAUUUCUUUCCGGGAAGAAUCGGUAGGCUCGUCGACUGGAUCUCCGGUCAGGAGAGGAGACUGAAAAAUAUUUUCUCGGAAGUAGACACUUUCUAUCAGAAUAUUCUUGACGAGCAUCUUAAGCCUGGAAGAGAGAGCUCUGAUAUUAUUGACGUGAUGAUCGAUAUGAAGAAGAAGCAAGAGAAAGAUGGAGAUGCUCUCAAGUUCACCACUGAUCAUCUCAAAGGAAUGAUCUCGGACAUAUUGACAGCAGGAGUUGGCGGAAGCUCUGCCACAGUGCUCUGGGGAAUUACCGAGCUGAUCAGAAACCCUAAAGUGAUGAAGAAAGUGCAAGACGAGAUUCGGACAAAACUUGGGGACAAGAAGGAGAGAAUCAAAGAAGAAGAUCUAAACCAACUUCAUUACUUUAAGCUCAUGGUCAAGGAGUUAUUCAGGUUACAUCCAUCAACUCCACUCUUGCUCCCAAGACAAGCAUUGUCUCAUUUCAAGGUCCAGGGCUACGAUAUCCCCGCGAAAGCACAGAUCCUAGUCAACGUUUAUGCGAUCGGUCGUGAUCCAAAUCUCUGGGAAAACGCAAAUGAGUUUAACCCUGACAGGUUUCUCGACAGUUCCAUUGAUUAUAAAGGAGGAAACUUCGAGUUUAUACCGUUUGGAUCAGGUAGGAGAAUAUGUCCAGGGAUGACAAUGGGAAUCAUACUUGUUGAGUUAACGUUGUUGAAUUUGCUUUACUUCUUCAAUUGGGGAGUGUCGGAGAAGGAUGUAGCCAGAGAGAACGUCACGAGGGAUGAAGAUAAUCUUGACUUCGUUCAAGUUCUUCACCCCUGAAUAUGUGGUUUGGUUAUGAUAGGAACGCUCAAGUCAACACAGAAGUCAAGAAAAGGAAGAAUAUUUGGAUAUAUGAAGUCUCGGGACUUCUCUGUUUUUAUUUUUGCUUAGUGAAAUAAGUGAACGAGUCAUGAAGAGUACGUUUUCCAUUUUCUUUCAUUCACGUUAUAAGGAGUUACGACUCCAGUUUCCCUAUUUAAGUUAAUGAAUAAAACCAAAAUAAGUUGUGAAAAACUACAAAACACAAAUCUUGAGUCUUGUAUUACUUUAUCUUGCUUUGAAGAGUGACUGAAAUUUGGCUAUGAGGUUAUUUAUGUACACUAGAUUCGAAGAUAAUAAAUGAAAUUGUAGUUUUGUGC